GCUGUGAUGCAAGGAAAGAGGAGGAGAACGGAAGCUGAGAGCCUUUUUUCUCUGUGCAUCCAACGGCAAUAUUUGUGAGAUGCUCGGAACUGAAGAGGCCACAAUCGGCCGGUAGGAUGCCCGAACAAAGGAAAGCUACAGGAAAGGAAGGAUAGUAUCUGAUUUGUGUGAAACUAAUCCGUCUCAGGGAACGUGCCACGGUAGACGGAAACCCACACUCCUUUGUUUGCAAAAUCUUAGUGAAUGAAUGAACAGAGGACAGCUUUUUUUAUUUAUUAUUCUUUGGAAUAGUUUCUCUCUAUAAGAAUGUACUGUAAAGUCUCCUGCCGGGAAUUUACUUUCUGUCCAGGGGAAAACAACUUUCAGAUUUAAUCAGGAUGAAGAAGACAUAGCAGCAUCCGUGGAGAAAAAAAAAACAAGAGGAAAAACAUCCGCUGAGCUCCAAAUCUGCGUAUAAGGACAACCAAAUAGAGAUGAUGCAAUUUAGCGUAAGGCAUCGCCUUUGAUUUGCAGCGGAGUAUUCUGGUGUAUCUGCAGGAGCUGGGUGUGAUAACGGGGCGGGCAGGACUCUGCAAUACGGAACUGUAAACAAGCAGCCUCCGGUGCUGCAGGCCAGGGCGCAUCAGCUGACCCUCCGCCGGUGGAUGCUCCUCUUUGUGACGCUCUUCCUGUUCAGGAUCUAUCGACAUCUGUCCAUCAUGUUCAGUUCGGACAGACUCACCGUCCCGGAUUAUGUCAGCCGACUCCAGAGGGGAAGGAGCGGCUCCGGAGGGGGGGAACCCAAGGCAGUGUCCCCGGGCGUCAACGCAGACGUCCAGGCGGCUCUGGACACCUCGCUCCCGGCUCUGCGCUCCGCCAUCAGGAGGCUGAAGUCUGCCAACGACAGCUCGGAUCCAGACGAGACCCGCGGGGCCGUCGCGGAGAUCUACCAGCUGGUGGAGGAAGCCUGGGUUUUGCCCACAGUGGGCCGUCAGGUGGCCGAGGAGAUCUGCAACAGGAUCCGUCUCGAUGGAGGCCUGGAGCUGCUGCUUCAGCUCCAGCAGACGCAGGCGGUGGAGAUCAUCUAUGAGUCUGCAAAACUGCUGGAGCAGAUUCUGAUAUCAGAGAACAGGGACUACAUAGCACGCAUGGGCCUUGGGGUGAUCCUCAACCUCACCCGACAGCAGGACGAUGCCCAGCUGGCCCGCAGCGUGUCCGGCAUCCUGGAGCACAUGUUCAAACACACCGAGGAGACGUCGGUCCACCUCAUCUCCAACGGCGCCCUGGACGCCCUCCUCUUCUGGUGCCGGGGGACCGACCCCACUGUGCUGCGCCACUGCGCCGUGGCCCUGGCCAACUGCGCCAUGUACGGAGGCCACCGCUGCCAGCGGUGGAUGAUCGAGAAGCAGGCGCCCGAGUGGCUUUUCCCCCUGGCGUUUUCCAAAGAGGACGAGCUCAUUCGCUUCCACGCCUGCCUGGCCGUGACCGUGCUCGCGGCCAAUCGCGAAAUCGAGAAGGAGGUGGUGAAGUCCGGAACCUUGGAGCUGGUAGAGCCAUUCAUCGCAUCUCUGGACCCGGAUGACUUUGCGCGCAGUCUACUGGACAGUUCGGACAACAUGCAGGGGAGAACUGCUUCCGACCUGCAGCACCUCUUGCCUUUACUAGACGGGGCGAGAGUGGAGGGAAAAUGCAUCGCGGCCUUUUAUCUUUGCGUUGAGGCCAGCAUCAAGUCUCGUCAGCGGAACACCAAGAUAUUUCAAGAGAUAGGUGCGGUGCAAAGCCUGAAGAGAAUAGUCAUGUACUCCAGUAAUGGGACAGCCUGUACCCUUGCCAAGCGGGCGCUGAGCAUGAUGGGAGAAGAAGUGCCAAAACGAAUCCUGUCGUGUGUGCCCAACUGGAAGACCUGUGAGGUGCAGAUGUGGCUGCAGCAGGUCGGCUUUAGUGCCUACUGUGACCGUUUCCAGGAGCUACAGGUGGAUGGAGACCUCCUGCUAAACAUCACAGAUCAAGAUCUGAAUUCCGAUUUAGGCAUGGUGGCAGGCCUCACCCGCAAGAGGCAAGUGGUCAAGAAGCUCUCACAGCUCACGUUUCUGAGAGACUUGCGUGUGCUGAAAAUGUACGCCAACUACUCCACAUGCGACCCAAAUAACAUGGCUGACUGGCUGGCAGAGGUGGACCCUCGGUUUCGUCAGUACACCUACGGCAUGGUCCAGUCAGGAGUGGACCGGAAAAGUGUCCAGAACCUGACCGACCAGCAGCUCCAGCACGACUGCCUCGUGGCAAACGGGGUCCACAGGUCAAAGAUACUGUCUGCCAGCCACAAGCCCUUAAAACCAUGCCACACAGACGCCCAGCCUCCAGGACCUGAUGUGUUCAUCAGCUACCGCCGGACCACCGGCUCCCAGUUGGCCAGUCUUCUGAAGGUGCACCUGCAGGUAAGAGGCUACAGCGUCUUCAUCGAUGUGGAGAAGCUGGAGGCGGGUAAAUUUGAGGACAAGCUCAUUCAGAGUGUCCAAAGAGCCCGCAACUUCAUCCUGGUGCUGUCCGCCAAUGCGCUCGACAAAUGCAUGGGGGACACUGCCAUGAAAGACUGGGUGCAUAAGGAAAUAGUCACAGCCCUGGCUGGGAAGAAAAACAUAGUUCCUGUCACGGAUAACUUCAUGUGGCCUGACCCCAAGUCUCUACCUGAGGACAUGAGGGCUAUUCUGAACUUCAAUGGCAUCAAAUGGUCUCAUGAAUAUCAGGAGGCCACAAUUGAGAAGAUCCUCCGCUUUCUGAAAGGCCACCAGGACCUAAGUGACGGUCCGGACGGCUCGAAAGAACAGAAGAAGAAAUGAAGUGACACGAACACACUUUGACCACAGCUAUUAAAACUAACCCUGACGCCAGCUGCCACACGUCCUGCUGAGUAGUGUCCGGCAGCUUUACUCGCUCUGCCCAAACGCAUGUGAAGUGAUGAUGGUUAGAUUACAUGCUCACACCAACGCUUGAUGAAUAGAUUUAAUCUUUAAACACUGAAAAAGGGAGUCCCAGAUUGUAAAUAACGAACUGUUAACCUUUACUGUUAGUGCCCACAUAUUGCCGUAUAUGUGUAUCCAGACUCAGUAUACACCGUCUGUAUCUCAGGUAAAUAACUGUGAUCAACCAGCUGUCAUCAGUACCCAGCAAGAUCAUCAAUAGCAGUUCCUGAAGCAUCAACAAGAUAAUCAAUCUCAACCAAAGUUACUGUACGCAGUUAUCUUUUGUCUAACAUGUUAUGUAAAAUAAAUAGACUGAAGCAAAUCCGUGAACUCACUGAUGCUGCGGCUUUUUCCAUGAGAACCAAAGGACUUAGUAUGAUGUCAUGCUGCAGAGGAAAAGAUGAGCCAUUUCCAGUUCAAGCAGAAUUUAAAAUGUGAAAAACAAUGCAAAAAACAAAAAAAACCCGAUCAAAAUCUUACAGUAUUCA